AUGUUUACUGAUAGUUUUGUGGUUAAUUUGGCUAAUCAAACAUGUUCAUAUAAUUUUUGGGAUCUCAUUGGAAUUCCAUGUAGACACACAGUUGUUGCAAUCCAUUGGAAAAUUGAUGAUCCCAUUAAUCAUGUCCAUAAGUGUUAUCACAAGUUGACUUAUGUCAAAUGUUAUAAGGAAGGUAUCACUCCUUUGAAUGGCCAAAAUAAGUGGCCAAAAACCAAUGAUCCAGUAAUUUACCCACCCAUGUUCAAAAGAGGGCCAGGGAGGCCAAAAAAACUUAGAAGAAGGGAACCUGAUGAAUCCAAUGCUACCAAGUGGCAAGGAACUAAUACUACUCAUAGGUGUAAAACAUGUUUGGAGUAUGUUCAUAACACUAGGACAUGUAAGAAAAAUAAAAAUAUUAUUCUACACAAGAACCAAGAUGUAAAAACAAAUCAGGUACCUACACAGGAAAGUCAAACUAGGAAUGUUCAAAAGGCAACAUCAACAAAGGGGAGACCUAAGGGUUCAUUAAAUAAGAAAGACAAAGUGGCACCAAGCAAGGCACCAAGAAAGGCACUAAGCAAGGCACUAAGGAAGGCACCAGGAAAGACACCAAGCAAGGCACCAGGCCAGCCACCAAUUAAGGCACAAAGUCAGACACCAAGUAAGGCUAAGACUGCUCAACCUGAAGUCAUAGACCAGAUAAAUGAGGCACCAAUUCAGGCUUCAAUCCAAGGUUCUCAUGCUGCUCAACCAUCAACAGACCCACAAACUGCACUACCACCACCAAGUCGUCAUGCUAAUACUGCACAACCACCAACAGAUCCACAAAUUGUACUACCACCAACAAGUCCUCAUGCUGAUACUGCACAACAACCAAUAGAUCCACAGACUGCACUACCACCACCAAGUCCUCAUGUUGAUACUGCACCACCACCAACAGAUGCUUAG